AUGCUGUCUACGCUUUGUUGCCAGACACCUUGCGAAGUGGACGCCAGAAUGUUCCACUGCAUGCUUCCUGUGAGGAAACAACUUGACAUCGACUCUGAAUACGAUGACGACAACUUCUCCAGCGUCAUAGUCCCCGACCCUGGUCCCUCGACCUAUACGAAUCGCGAUUUCUGCGAACCAGGACCUUCCACACUUCCGCAGAAGCACAGAGGGCACGGCAAAGAGGGCAAAGGCAAGGAGAGAAAGGGCAAGGAGUCCAAAGGCAAAGAGUCUAAAGGCAAGCACCGCAAAGGUAAAGAGUCCAAAGGCAAGGAGUCAAAGGCAAGGACAGCAAAGGCAAGGACAGCAAGCGCAGCAGGUAGACUACUGUUCACAAGUCCUGAAGCAGAUCUCGAAGCACGCAACUUGACACAGUGGUACGUGCCCGGGUUUCUAGUUAAGGAUGUUCCAAGACAAGAAGAAUCCCACCGAGUAGCGUUACAACGUAGCCAGGUGCACCCAGCUACCGAGGCCCCAGGCAAAGGCAUUCAAGGCCCAGCCGACGGAACCUGCGCAUACCCUGACGGUUAUCUGGUGCGAUAUUAG